CCUUUAACUACCACUUAUUUUUAGUUAUAACUAUAGUUUAUUUUGUUCUUCAAUUAACUAGUACUAUCCAUAAAAAUUCUCAAAUCUCUCACUAGAAUUUCUGGUUUCAAUUGAUCAUGGUCGUUUUUACAUGUUUCGGUAAAUUAAAUUCAGUUUUCACUAAGUUCGGAAGAAAAACCAUUGGUUUUGCACACGGCAUCCGAGAGCAUGUGAAACUGGCGCCAAAAAUCACAGAUACAGUAAAAGGAAAAAUAAGGUUGGGAGCAAAAAUUCUUCGGGUUGGCGGAAUAGAGAAAGUGUUUACGCAACUUUUUAGUGUUAAAGAUGGAGAGAAGCUGUUGAAAGCAUCACAGUGUUACUUAUCAACGACAUCAGGUCCUAUAGCUGGCCUUCUCUUCAUAUCAACAUACAAAGUUGCUUUUUGUAGUGAGAGAUCCAUCAAGAUCUCUUCUCCGAAAGGAGAAUUCAGUAGAGUCUAUUAUAAGGUCUCUAUUCCACAUGAAAAGAUAGAGCAUGUCAACCAGAGUCAAAAUGUGAAGAAACCGUCAGAAAAAUACAUAGAAAUAGUCACCGUGGAUGAUUUUGACUUCUGGUUUAUGAGUUUUUUUAAUUACCAGAAAGCUUUAAGAAGUCUCCAACAGGCUAUCUCUCAAUCUUCACAAAAUUAAACAUGCAUAACAUCUAAAUAAUAUGGUUUCUUAGCUAACAAGGUUAUUGGAUCCUGUGCUGUUUGAAAGUAAUUAGUUAGGAAUGUUCUUCUAGCGAAUGAAUGGUGGAAAAAUUGUAUUUGUUUCAUCUUUUGAAGGAUCUUAUCCGAACCUGCCAACACAUGAGAGUAUCCAAUUUCAUUUUUUAUGCAAUCUAUGUUAAAUAUUUAAGCUAACUGAUUAAAUUAGAUUCAAGUUUGAAUAACUAUAGACAAAAUUUUAUUAAAAGAAUUUAAUGGUCCUAAU